AUGGCUGCCUCGACGCGAGCAAUCACGCCGACGCCUACCGGCCCAUUCACCACCCACAAUGGGCCUAAUACCCCAGGUUCUGCCGCGCGCAAUGCCAACGGCGGAGCGACCUUUGGCACCCAUCUCACAAAGUCCCCCGGCGGCUUGUCGCCUCGACUCUCGCCUCAGCCGCUCACUGGAGCCGCCGCCAUCGCUGAUGAGCGCCGCUUCCGCGAACAGUCCGCGAGGCAGACGAGCCCUAAUCCCGCUGUCGCCGCGCUGCAAAGUCUGAACGGCACUGUCCAGUCCAUGAGCCACCCUUCAGACGCUCCGCAGCAGUCGGCGCCGAUAAGCAACAAGGCUGACAAGACGACGAAGCCGCUCAUCAUUCCCGACCAGAUCAACGUCACGGGCGACAGCAUGCAAACGAGCCCCGUCAGCCUCUCGAGUUUUGGCGAUGGUGACGCGCCGAACGCGCCGGGUGCUUCUACUGCGGAAGGUGCUGCCACCGGCAAUCCAGGCCGGGAAGGCGCGCACCAGCAGCAACCACAGCAGCACCACCAGCUCAUCGCACCGAAUCCCGGAGACAACCCAGGCAAUCGCGCCUUUACGUUUCCUGGGCCUUUGCCCCCGGAGCCGGAUCCACGUGCCCCGGCUCGCCAGAUGAGCCUGCCUGGAUACGGCCAGAAUACGCCCAAAUCGCCCUCCACCAAGCGCCACAAGUGCCCAUACUGCUCUACCGAUUUCACUCGCCACCAUAACCUCAAGAGCCACCUACUAACCCACAGUCAAGAAAAGCCUUAUGAAUGUCCCACGUGCCAGGCGCGUUUCCGUCGUUUGCAUGAUCUGAAACGUCAUACGAAACUCCACACUGGCGAGCGUCCGCACACGUGCUACAAAUGUGGCCGCAGGUUCGCACGUGGCGAUGCGCUUGCGCGACACAAUAAGGGUCAGGGUGGCUGUGCGGGCCGCCGCUCUAGCUUCGGCAUGGAUGACGAUCUCGGAGACAAAGGCGACGAGGGUAUGGACGGUGUCAUCUACACUGGUGAGCCUGAUGGUGAGGGCGACGAAGACGAAGACGGUAGUCGGCGAGUCAGUGAGCCGGCACGCAAGCGACAAAACACUGGGAAUUCUACCCAAGGUUCGUAUUCUCACCAUUCCAGCACAUAUCCGCCUAUUGCUGCGAAUCGAAGCUCGAGCAGCCAGAACAACUUGCGCCCUUAUUACCCAGGGUCCUCUGCGCAGCCGACUAACGUCUCGCCCAAAGCAGCUCCCACUAGCAUCUCGUCGAUUCAGAACGCAAAUACGCAGUCCAAUGUCUUCGCCCAAGGUGGCAUGACGGAGAGUCCCAGGCCGUUGUCGCCAGGCCAGCAGGAACAGCAUCGCCUGGGGGCGCCAGAAAAUGGUCUCCCGGGCUCGCGAUCCCCCAGUCUGUCGCAUCACUUGCAUCAGCAGUCAAACUACACUCGCGGGCGGGGGACACCUCCUGUUGGCUUAGCUCCACCCAGCACAAGCAGCGGGCCUCACCUGCCAUCUCUCCCUGGGCUCAGUCCUAUGCCCCCUAAGCAGGGUUCUCAAGGCGGCAAAAGCAAUGGCCCCAGUAUGCUGCAACACCAGACCAUGGCCGCUCCUGGUAGCAGCUCGCAGCCGGGCAGCAUGUCAAGCCACGGUGGAAGUGGCGGUAGCAUGCGCGAAGUCAUGGGCAGCCAGGUCGAUGUGUGGCAGUACGUUCGCGAUAUAGAGUCUCGCAUGGCGAGAAUGGAAAAGGAACACAACGACAAGAUCGCCACGCUGCAGAACGAGAUCACCACGCUCCGGGCCCAGUUGGCUCAGCAGCAUGUCAACAACACGCAAGCCCACCAACAGGCUCAAUAG